AUGGAGAGACUGGUGGAGGAACUGGAGCGAUGGGGACAGCAGCCAACGCCGCUAGCCGACCAAGUUACGACGCGGUCGCCGUCUCUGAUAACGAACGUGACACUUCAUGAGUAUCAACUGCACGGGCUGAAAUGGCUGUUACGCAAACACGAGCAAAGGUUGAGCUCCAUCUUGGGGGACGAGAUGGGGCUGGGCAAAACGCUGCAAGUCAUUGCGUUUCUUGCAGCGCUCGUAGGUGCUGGUGGUGAAGGGAGACGCGGUGAAGAUGGACGGUAUCUUGUUAUUGCACCGCUGAGCGUGUUGCCCACUUGGAUGGAUCAAUUCGAGCAGUACGCACCGAGUAUUUCAACCGCCAUGUUCAUUGGUUCAAAGAAAGAUCGAGAGGCCGUGCAGGCGUUUAUUGCGGGUAGUUCACAGGACAUACCGCUGGUGAUAGUGACGUCGUACGAGAUGUUGCUGUAUGAACACGAGUUCUUGCAUAAGACUGUGUGGAAGGUGAUGAUCAUGGAUGAAGGGCAUCGUCUAAAGAACCCGAAAGGACAGCUUCAUGGUAUCGUUUCGACUCGACUGCGAUCCGAGUAUCGAGUGAUACUGACGGGGACACCUGUUCAGAAUAAUCUUGACGAACUCUAUGCACUGCUAUCGAUUUUGAACCCAAGCAUUUUCCGGGAUCGAGAGUUGUUCAACGUCACCUUUCGAGACUACUUCUCUGUUAAUGCACAACGGCUAGAUGGUGAUCAGCGUGCAAAUCCUGAUCCGGAUAACAAGGCAGAGAAGUUGAUGCAGAGACUGUUAACUCCGUUGUUGCUUCUGCGCACGGUCCAGGAUGUCCAGGGUGCGUUUGAAUUACCGCCGCUGUCAGAGAUAGUUGUUCACACGCCGAUGUCAGCGAUGCAGCGCGCGUACUACAAAGAAGUGAUCGUCAGGAACAGCGAGGCUCUGAAUGGUGUUGCGAAGGCUUCUGGAGACAGGGUUCCGCUGCUGAAUAUCUUACCUCAAUUACGGAAAGCUUGCAACCACCCAUACUUGUUUCCUGGAGCAGAACCUGAGCCAUUUCAAGAGGGAAGCCAUCUGUAUGAGAACAGCGGCAAGCUCUUUGUUCUUCAUCAGAUCUUGCCGCGACUGAAACACGAUGGUCAUCGAGUGCUGCUAUUCAGCCAGUCUCCACCUUUUUUGGACAUCAUUCAGGACUAUCUCACACUUGAAAGCUUUGCGUACGAACGAAUUGACGGGUCUGUGCGCGGCAAGGAACGUUGGCAAUGCAUCAAGCGGUUUCAGAAAGACCCCGAAACGUUCGUGUUUCUCAUCUCGACGCGAGCUGGAGGUCUAGGGCUAAAUCUACAAAGCGCGGAUACAGUCAUUUUCGUGGACUCGGACUACAAUCCACAAACGGAUCUUCAGGCGGUUGCACGAGCCUACCGGCUGGGUCAGACCAAGCCCAUUCACGUGAUUAAGUUUGUGUGUGCAAACACUGUUGAAGAAAGCAUAUACCGACGUGCUCUUAGGAAAAUGCGCGUGGCCGAUCGUAUCCGAAAUCUUGCCCGCCGAACGCAUUGUGAGCAAGAAGUCGACGAUGAUGGCGCCACAAGCUUACUGGAUAUGAUCCAGUUUGGGCUGUAUCGACUUAUGGAAGAGACUGUCAGUGAGAAAGAAGAUGCGCUCAUAACGCCUCUCGACGAGGAUUACAUUCGGCAUAUCUUGUCCCGAAAAAGUGCUUGUCCAAGUGAAGGCACUGCGGCUUCACUUGACGACGAAGUACAGUGUGACAAGUUGCUUGAAUCGGGUGGAGAUUUUCAGGAGGGAAAUAUGUACUACUUUGAGGGCGAGGAUUACACAAAAGUCAUGAGUUGCAAGACACGUGAUGCAGAGUUGCUUCAGAAAUGGUGCACUGAGGCAGCAAGUUACACGAAGCGACAAACGAAAACGGCCCAGAAGAAGAGAUGCGAGCAAGAUAAGGUGAACAAAGGUGGAGAUGGUGAAGAAGAUGAAGAACGGUCGAUUGAGAAUGAAGCAGAACGAGCUCGACAACGUCAAGAACAGCGCCAACAAGCGCUGGAAAAAAAACUUGCACAGUGGAAGGCCAACAAGUAUACGUCAGCUGUUAUCGAUAUUGACACAGAACAACAUUCAUCGCGUGCCUCUGAUGCAUUCACUAUCGGUCGGCUAUACUACAAGUCUGGAGACGCCAGCCAGCCACCUCUGAGCUCACUCCGUGGAAGGCCAUAUGUUGUUGUCCAUUGCGUGGAUAAUAGCGGCGUCUGGUGCUCGCGUGGUUUCUUUCGCGCUUUGUCGCUCCUUUCACCUGUCGUUCAAAAGCAGUAUGAAGCGGCUGGGCGCAACAAUGAUCUGAAGCUUGGUAGUGCCCACUUGAUUCCGCUGCCAUCACACGAUGCCACCGACAGUCCAGCGUUCGUCGUCCAGUAUGUGUGCUUACUAGUUGUGCAUGCAUGUGUCGGCAGAAAAAAGCAGCGCCUGGCGAAAGGGCUUCGUACCGUGCAGCUUGCUCGUCACGGCAAAUCUUCGACCUUCCGCCUGCAUGCGCUAGAGACGGCACUGCGGGCACUCGCACAUCGUUGUCUUGAGUUGGGUGCUACGGUGCAUUUACCCCGUAUUGGCUACGGCACUCCGAACUUCAAUUGGUACACUGUUGAGCGUCUGCUAGUCCGCAAUCUUCGAGAUGUGGACGUGGAAGCUACCAUUUACUACUAUUCUGCAAGGUAG